GACGUUGACGUCAGAGUAAUGGCUGUGCAGCUGUAGUGUGGGGAAAGGUGGCGUUGCUGACAGAAACUUUGAAGCUCGAGACACAUCUGUAUGAAUAUAUGAAUGGAAUCCCAAACUGAUGGGAAAGAGAAGACGUGAUGAAAGAUAUUGAUUCAGGGGAAAGAGGCAAGGAUGGCCCAUGCUCUUAGGUGUGAUGGUGCUCAGAAUGAUGAUGAGGAGGAGGAGGAGACCCCCAUGAGGCCCAGUUUCUCUGUGGAGGAUCUUCUGGAUGAGGUGGAGAAAAUUGGGAGUGUCUCCACAGGUGGCAAGAAGGUGGAGAUUGUUGUGAGACUGUGGAAAGAUGGCUUCACUGUGAAUGAUGAGGAUUUGCGCAGCUACACCUUGGAGGAGAACCAGGAGUUCCUUGAAGCCAUUAAACGAGGGGAACUGCCUUUGGAGCUGGAGGGGAGAGCAGAGGAUGAGGAGCUGGAGGUCAAUGUGGAGGACAUGAAGGAUGAAAUCUACGUUCCAAAGAAGAAGACAUUUCUUCCCUUUACUGGCAGAGGCUAUAGACUAGGCAGCGUGGCGCCACGCGUAGUGGCCAGGUCUCGGUCAAUACAUGAGGACUGCUCAAGCCCUGCUGUCCCUCCAGUGCCGCUGGACGAAAACCUGCCCAUUACCUCGCUCCAGAUCUGGCUGGCGGAUGGCCGUCGGCUCGUCCAGAGGUUUAACCUUUCUCACCGAAUCAGUGAUGUCCAAGAUUUUGUGGAGAAGGCCCAGACGACAAGCUCACCGUUCAUCUUAACCACAUCUCUGCCUUUUCGGGAGCUGACAGAAGGGGAUCUGAGCCUAGAGGAGGCUGACCUGACAAAUGCUGUGAUUGUCCAGCGGCCACUCAACACACAAGCACCCUUCGGUCACUCCUGACUGAAUCCAACAGAAACAGAAAUGCUCAGAUCCACUAGUCAUCCACUUUGGUCACCUUAAAGCACGGAGAAACAGUUCACAACAUUUUCAACAGCACAACAGCUCCCAGUAUUUGAAAGUUAAAAAGCUGCUUAAAGAAUCCUUACCAUCUCAAACUUCCUACUUAAUCAAUACAGUGAAAAUAUAUCCUAAGAACUUCACAUAAUGAUGAAUGGAAGAAGGACAUAAAUGAAAGAAAUCCCAUCACUUUCACCUUACGUUUUCAUUUUCCAGAAGGAAGGCAAUAAUGAGGACUCCCUGGCCUGUUAGUCAUGCUGCUGCAUAUAGCUUGAACCUUGCAAAUAUUAUGAACUUUAUUGGUGCAGUACUUAUUUCUGACUCAUUCUUUAUUCUUCCCUAGCUGGAUGCCUUGGCCUCCUCUGAUGCAAUGCAGUAUGCACAAGCCACGUCUUUAAUAUCAGCGUUCAAUAAAUAUCUUGGAAACUGCCGUCUGAGCAGUAAAAAUAGACACAGACUGCACUUCUCUGUGUUUAGCACAGGCUUGAUUGCAUUUUGCCUUACCACAGCAGUGAGACUAUUUUUUGUGUUGAAAUGUUUGCUGGUAUGUUGUAAGCAUUAAGGCAGAGUUUAUUUGCAAUUGGCAGACAUGUAUAUGCACUUUGCCUAAGCGAGAAGUUCUUUUGUACAGGAACUCUGCGUGCAAUAAAUCUAUUUAACAAUGGA